GGUGCUAGCUAAGUGUGACAAGUGUUCCAUACUACAGACAGGAAAAUAGCAAUUCUCCUCGAGGUUACAUAUCCAUUCUCGUUACAAUUAGUUCGCGAUGUGUGAUAUCAAUUGGAGUGAAGUUUUUGAAGAAAUCGACACGAAUGGCAAUGGAGUAGUAGAAGUGGAAGAGUUGUUCGAUCAUUUGUCAAAUGUAUUUCCAUCUAUUUCCAGAUAUACUGUAGAGAGCGAUUUGGAAGAAUAUGAUACAAACAAAGAUGGCGAAGUUACCAAGGCUGAGUUCGUUCGAGCGAUGUAUAAGCGAUAUCUUCAAAAUCCGGAUGAUAUUGAGUUAGCUUUAAAGACAUUUGACACUGACAAUUCUGGUUAUCUCAGCAAAGAAGAACUAACCGCGGCAAUGAAAAAGAUGUGUAUGGAUCACAGUAGUGAAAAUAUUCAAAAAAUCAUAACAUCUGUCAGCAAAAAUGAUCAAAUUGAUUACAAAGAAUUUGUGAAGGCUGCUAUGGAAUUGUGAAGGCUGCUAUGAACUCGUGAAACCUACUUAUUUUGAGAGAUAAAAUAAAAGCAAUGUAAACAAUUA